CUGUACAUUUAGUUGGGUGUUCACAAGUUGUCGAGACAUCGUGCCGUGCAGCGGACUGACGCUCGCAUUCGGUGUACUAUUGCCUUAGAGAUGCACACGCGCAGAACAUCACGUUCAUCGGAUUGCGUGUCGUGAGUCACUGUUGUGUUGACAGUUGAACGAAAUCGGUCCUCGUGUCGCUGGUUGAUCACUGAGGCCUGAGACAGGUCAGGACAGGUACGAAGCUCGUACGUGUGUGUGACGCGUUAGAUACCGCACGAAGCACCACUCACCUUUUGCGUCUCAACUUCGACUUGAUAUCGCGGCUCGUUGAAACACGUCGCGUGGUUAUGUAACGUCGGGCGAAAACCAACCAACCAGACGGGAAUGCUCGGACAGAAAACGUAUGCGUCAGCGACGCGUGUUGGUGAGUAAAAAACAGUCAAGUGGUCGGAUAGACAGAAAGGACCGAUCGAUCAUCGAACGCGACCGAUCGCUCUUUUCCAAGCGUCGGUGGAAAUCUUUACACGUGUGUUGAACGACGGAGUCGGCGAUACGCUCGACUUCGUUUCGUACGUGCAGUAUCGCGCGUAGCUCGUUCAACAGAGUUGCGGACUUUCGAUUGACACGUAGUCCAGAGCCCUUUAUCUGGCAUCGAUGGUGCGAAGUUCGACGAUGGAGCAAACGUUCUACGAGGACACGAGCGUCUACGUCGCCGUGAAUCGCGAGAACAACGUGGGUCAGUUGAAGCGUAAUCUCACGCUCGACUUGAAUGGAUGCCAGCGACAGGGGCCCCAGGCGAAGAGGCCGCGGCUCGGACCUCUGCCGCCCGCGUUGAACAACGUAACGCCGAUAUUAAGCUCGCCGGACUUGAACAUGCUGAAGCUGGGCUCGCCGGAAUUGGAGAAGCUGAUUAUCGCCCAGCAGGAUAGCUUGGUAACGAAUUUGCCGACGCCUACGCAGAUUCUCUUCCCAAAAGCGGUCACCGAGGCCCAAGAGUUGUACGCCCGAGGUUUCGUCGACGCUCUGAACGAGCUACAUCAUUCGGACAGCUCGCAGGAGCCUGGCAGUCUUCAUGGUGCUACAUACACGACCUUGGAACCGCCGAACAGCGUGCAGAGCACGGAAUCGUCGGUGAGUCAACAAGGUUUGGUUCAGAUCAAGGACGAGCCUCAAACUGUGCCGAGCGUGUCGAGUUCACCGCCGAUGUCGCCUAUUGACAUGGAGAAUCAAGAAAGGAUCAAACUGGAGAGGAAACGUCAGAGGAACCGUGUGGCCGCGUCUAAGUGCCGCAGACGCAAGCUCGAGCGCAUCUCCAGGCUGGAGGACAAGGUUAAGCUGUUGAAGGGCGAGAACACCGAGUUGAGCGCGGUGGUGCACAGGCUGAAGGAGCACGUGUGCCGGUUGAAGGAGCAGGUGAUGGACCACGUGCACUCUGGUUGCCAGAUCAUGGCAGUCUCGGGUCAGUUCUGAGCCAACCUUAUCGGACGGGACUCACCGGCAUGUAUUGUUUCGUCUGACAGUAGCUUCGACUACCUUUGCAAACGCGGCGAUAUUGUCCUCAUUUGUUGGAGCCAGGAGCUUCUGCCACGGGACACCGAUGUCGUCGCCGAUACUCGUUCACGUUGGAUUACGUCGUUUACAAUUUCUCGUUUGCUUCGUUGUUUUCGGGAAAAGGGGACACGGUGAUGAUCGUGCGCGACGGCGUGCGUGAAUGGAACUGAGCAAAAAAAAGAGAAAAGGAAGAG